UUAAAAUAUAAUAAUAAAUAAAUAUGAUUUUAUGAAAAAUAUUAAUUUACCAAUAUUUAGUGACAUUUAAUACCCAAAGGAUGGUAUACCUGCUUGUACGUUGUUAGUUACUAAAACAUCUUAGGUUAUGUCAGAAUUCGCAUGGUCUUAUAUAAAAGCAUCUUUAUACAGACAACAAUACUCUAAGAAAAUUUGCGUUUAAAGAUUAUUUAAAUAUCAUUAAUCUUAUUAAAAUGAAUAAGUAUAUACAUUUGGCAACUGUAGGAACCAACUAUGCCAAUCGUAUGAAUCGUUUGAGCAAUCGUAUCUUCGGCGAAGUAGUUAGACCAACAAAUAGCAAAUCACUUAAAGUAGUAAAGCUUUUUAGUGAAAAGCCUAUUCAGAAACGACCAGAUAUUGUUGAUUAUUAUCCUCCACAUAAAAAUAUAGAGAAAUUAAUGUCACAUCUACGCGAUUAUGGUCUUUUCAGAGAUGAACAUCAAGAUUUUAAAGAAGAAUAUGAACGUCUAAGAGAAUUACGUGGUAAAAAUAAAUGGAUACCACCGCCUUUCAGAAAAUAAAACUUCAGCUAUUACUAUGAACUAUAAAAAAUAACUGAAAUAAAAUUAGUAUUUAUUAUUAAAAUAAAUAUAAAAAUAUAUAUAUAUCUAUUAAAAUAA